AUGGUGUAUUGGUGGGAGGAACUGGCUUUGAAUGCCACCGUUAUGGAGGUGGAUGAGUGCAUCCACACCUUAACUGAGAGCUUCGAGCCCUUUGUGCCUGAAGCUCACCCAGGUGAUCGGUUACUGGACCGCUAUGCAGACUGGCUCCACUUUGACGAGCACGAUCCUACCCAGGAUAGGCGUCCAUAUCUAGAUGAGCUCAUCGCGAGAGCGAGGGCCGACCCACUAACAGUACUGGCUGCAAUUGAUGGUUCUGUCCCUCAGUCCAACCAGUAUCAGGCAGCUUCGGCUGCCAUAAUCUACAAGGGACAUUGUGAGCUCGAGAGGACUCGCUAUGUCUCUGGCAGAGUCACCGCCCCAGAUGCGGAACUCAAUGCCAUCUCGUGUGCAGUGCGCCUUGCUGUCAAGCAGGCAAACUGCCAGCAUAUCAUGGUCUUUACUGACUCUAUGGGCUCGGCCCAUAGAGCGGUUGACCCUGGCGUGCAUUCUGGUCAGGCUUUUAGCCUGUCAGUUUGUCGCGUUCUUCAAGAGUGGUUUGAGGCGGAUGAUCUCCGCUGCAUUACCUUCGUCUACGUCCCAUCCGCUCUGCAGUGGGAUAUCCAUGGUGAAGCACACAAGUACGUCACCGAGCUCAAAGUCAGGGUUGGACGUCGCAAGACGGACAACUCUAUAGAUGCGCUACGCUCUCAAGCGGCACACUCAGUCCUGGAUUCGUGGAGCUCCACUUUCCAGGAUCCAACCUACCGAGGCUCUGAAUUCUUAGAGCUUCAACAGCCUGACAGGCGGCCGCUACAGCCAUCGUACCUCAAUGGGGGACCUUGGCUUUCAACUUUCGGACACAGUAUCACUGAGUUCGCCCGUGUUUGCCGGUGUAUAACUGGCCACGCACCCAUUGGAGCGUACUACCGACGCUUCAAGAUCAAUGAGCCUCACGGCUGCACUUGCGGGGCUGCCUUGCAGUCCCGCCAGCAUAUUCUCUUUCGCUGUCGCGAUCGUUACUCAGUGCAUUACCCCCGCUUCCUUGGGGAUAUUGCAGCUUUUAUGAAGUACAACCCUACGGCGUUUGGCUUCACCCGGGACCCUUCGGGGGUCGGAUAA